AUGGCGCUCUGGCUGACCCUGGUCAUUGUUCUCACCUGCUUUGGUGGCCUCGCCUCCCCGGGCCCUGUGCGUCCCCUCACGGUCGUCAAAGAGCUCAUUGAGGAGCUGGACAACAUCACGCAGAAGGUGAGUGCCCCGCUCUGCAAUGGCAGCAUGGUGUGGAGUGUCAACCUGACAGCUGGCUCGUACUGUGCAGCCUUCGAGUCGCUGAUGAACGUCUCCGACUGCCCUGCCAUCCAGAGGACCCAGAGGAUGCUGAGCGCACUGUGCCCUCGCCAGCCCUCAGCCGGGCCGGCCUCCAGCCCGCCCGUCCGCGACACCAAGGUGGAAGUGACCCGGCUUGCCAAGGACCUGCUGCAGCAGCUCAGGAAGGGUGUUCGCCAAGGGAAGUUCGAAUGA